GGCUGUGUUAGUGGUGACGAUAGACAAUAUUUUAACAGUUUUAUAAUGGAAACGAUUCAUGAAAACUCGAAUAAUAAUGUCGAAGAUGAGGACGAUAUGACUGGAGAUGCAAAAUGGCAGAAGGACGCGGCGGAUCAGAACUUCGACUACAUGUUCAAGCUGCUCAUCAUAGGAAACAGUUCCGUAGGAAAAACCAGCUUCUUGUUCCGUUACGCGGACGACUCAUUUACUUCAGCCUUCGUCUCAACCGUCGGCAUAGACUUCAAGGUGAAGACAGUGUUCCGUCACGAUAAACGCGUAAAACUACAGAUAUGGGACACUGCUGGACAGGAGCGCUACCGCACCAUCACCACUGCUUACUACAGGGGCGCUAUGGGCUUCAUCCUUAUGUAUGAUAUCACUAACGAAGAGAGCUUCAACAGCGUGCAAGAUUGGGUGACACAGAUUAAGACGUAUUCGUGGGACAAUGCGCAAGUGAUCCUCGUGGGCAAUAAGUGCGAUAUGGAGGAGGAACGUGUGGUCAGCACUGAGCGCGGCAUGCAACUUGCUGAACAGCUGGGCGUAGAGUUCUACGAGACUAGUGCCAAGGAGAACAUAUACGUUAAGGCUGUGUUCGAGCGGCUGGUGGAUAUCAUAUGCGACAAAAUGUCGGAGAGCUUGGAUUCCGAACCGGCCAUGUUGGCAGGUGGGGCUCGUGGCCAACGUCUUACAGAGCAGCCACAGGGCAACUCCACCACCAAUUGUAACUGUUAAUGACUAUACCGAGAAUGUUCUAGCUUUUUGUUCCUUUACGUUCUAGAAAAUUCUUUAUACGGGGUCGUUUCUUUCAAAAGCCGA